GCCCUCCAAAAAGGGACCGUCUAAGUGAUGCCUGAAAGAUGAGAAGGCCAACUUACACAGGAACGAAGAAGAGAGGCAAGACCAAAGAAGGAACCGAACGAAUGAAGCACCGACGAUUCUUUCCAAGAGAGGAAAUGAAGGCCUGUUCCAAUGCUCCAUGCUUGACAACCCCGCUGCUGAUGUGCGAGGGAAUAGUGGCUUGAGUUCGUUGAAGGCGCUUGUUCGCCCUCUCCCUUUCCCCGAGGAAGUAAAGCCAUCGCCGAGUGCAAGAACACAUCAUAUGCAUCCGUUCGAGCGAUCAUUGGGCUUCUCCGCUCAGUUGGGUCGCUCGCUUGAUCGUUGGAACAUCAUCAUUAGAGUAAUCAUAAUAAUAAGGCAAUGGACUAUGUUCCCGUCACAUUUGAACGUGUAGCCACGCUUUUACUUGACAGGUGGUGGCGGUGGUGGUAGUGUAUGUAGUGGUGAACACGAUUGCAGACCUGGACAAACAUGUCUCUCUUGAGACUCCAAAGCUCUUCCAGUCCCACACGGUUUAAAACAUGUGGAAAGACCUCGAUGUGACAAGUGUUCCAUGUCGCCCACCAACCGAGACUCGCAUGUGCUUAGAUUAGUCAAGCACCGCCAACAUCUCGGGAAUGGCCCAAGAGUCUUCGUGUGGAACCCUUGGAAGAUCUCUGAACCUCUAGCAUCCGCCUGGCUGAAGUCAUGACCGAGAGCGUUGAGCCAGUGGACAACAUUGACUCGCAACAGUUCACCCCCAAUCCCUUCAUGAUGAUUGCACGGCCAAGAUUGUCGUCACCCGUUGACUUAACCACCCAGAACGAGACGCAGUCGGCUGUGCCGGGUUUCAGCCCCGACGAGCUAUUCGCUUUGUCCAAAGUGACCACAGCCAGGCCCACCAUUGUCAUCUACCCCACGAUUCCCCCAGAAACUGUGAUAAUCCCGAUAGUCUGUUCCAUCAUCAUCUUUCCGAUCCUCGUGGCCGCUAUCAUUUGUUUCCUUCGACAUUACAACCGAAGGGCUCGGGCCAAAGACAAAUUCAGAUCGGCGUACCAACAAGGAGCAGCUGGCCUCUUCUCCCUCGCCAACAAAAUUGGAACCUCAAAAACCGUGGGACGAAGCAAGGACUCAGAUUCUGAGCGAAUGAAGGUCCCAACCAAUCGGUUUGGAUGCAUGCCAGAACUCGGCCUGGACACUGUUGUAGAACGUGAGGAAGAUGACGAUGAUGACGAGGAUGAGGAGCAGAGUUCAAGCCUCGCCAAUGCCAUCGAGCUAUUGGACCAAGAGAAUCGAAAGAAAUCCGUGUCCAACGAGGUACCUGUAUCUGCCAGCGUGGCCAUCAAGCACAGAAAUGGCCACGAUUUGCCUCAGGUGAUCCUCGAGACAUCUUCCAUAAGCCAGCCCGAAGUGAAAAUUUCAGUCCCCAGCCCAUCCGGUCGGACUGUGGUACUGACAACCAUGACUGAUGCCAACGGGAGUGCCAGUGUUGUGACAGGAAUUCGGCCCUCAGCCGAUUCAGCCGGGUUUACCUCAGGGAGCCCUGUUGGCAAUCAUGGAAACUCCUGACAUCACGCCCGGGUUGAGAAACCCCCGGUAGAGUCAAGCCAGACGGCGAGUCCGGAUCCAUUUGGCACAAAUAGCACCGACGACGAUGAAAUUCUCACAUGCCAAGUUUAUCAUGUCUGAUGGCUGAAGUGCGAGUUCAAAGUACAACAGCACACAUGGACAUCAGAGGGGAUGAAAUGGGAGUGGGAGCCGAGAGAGUGAUAAAUUAGGCGCUUCACUCGGCAUUGAGGCAAAUCUCAAGGGGAUCACGGCUGCCACAGAACUCGGGAGUCGGAUGAUUAAGCAAGUGCUGGAAAAGAGUGGUGUAUCAACUUUCCUGAAGCCUUAUGUCUCGCUGACACACAAAGCUUGGGCGGGAAUGUGGCUUUUUGUGUCUUCCCUCUGUUAACUUUUGCCUCCAAGCUGAGCUCAAGCCCAAAAGUUGGAGCCUCCUUAUUUGCUACGACUUUGGAUUUUCUUCCUCGACAUCCCGACAUCCCAGCCAAGUCAGGAAGUUGAAUGAAGACCAAGAUCGCGGCAGAAUCCCUCAUUUCCACAAGAAGUGGAAGGCGAAGACGACGACGCAGAAAAAGAAAACGCUUUCACGGCUGGAUUUCCGAUUCGCUCCCGGUUUUUUUUUGUAACAGUCUGGGGCGACUGCCAAUCGACAAGAACCGGUUCCUCCAGAUGGGAUAGUGUCUCUGUAAAAGGGGAAUCAAAUUGUCACGAAGCUGUGAACGACCUGGUAGCAGCGGGCUGACUGUCCAACUGGCUGCCUCCGACAUGUGCUACAAAUCCCGAGGAAGUAAUUUGUUUCGCAGUGACAUCUUUACGGGUUCCAUUAACUCCUAAAACAGUGGAGAGGCCUCGUUGGGGCUGUUUGACAGUGAGUGACCUGUUACCUUGGUGACCUCGGCCAAUAAAAUGGACGAGGCUCGACACAGCAUUUAUGCCUUCGUCAUUCCCCAUGUUACUUUCAACCAAUAAAAAAGAGCUAUGAGAA